UCACAAAGUAUAGUAAUGCUAUUUUUGUUACAGGGUCAAAAUGGAUUCGAGGAUCUCAGACGAUAUGUAAAGCAAGGGGGAGAUUUCUGUAAAGAGUUAUCGACUAUUCUUCAAGAAAGAGCUGAAGCUGAAACUCAAUAUGCCAAAAACUUAUCGAAACUCAGCGUCAAACUAUCUAGAGCCUGUCGAGAGGGUGUUGGAGGCCUCAAUGAAGCCUGGAAAUCUGUCGCUUUGGAACUGGAAAGCAGAGCUGAAGGCCAUCGACUUUUAGGGUUAGCCCUGUUAGAAGAAACUGCCAAGCCCUUGAGGACUCUUACCGAAAGCCAGCAUAGGAUCAGAAAGCAAUCUGAAGCAGUAGUUGACAAAGCAGCUAAAAAUUUAUCAGAUUGGAGGACACAUGAAGCAAAAGGAAAGAAAAAUAGUCACACAUGCGCAAGAGAAAACGAAAAAUUGCAGGAUGCUGCUGUUUUGGAUACCACAAAAUUAUCUAAAAGUACUAGUCUGAUUCACUUGGCUCACAUCAAUAGGCAGAAUUCCACAGAUAAGGAAAAUGCCAAGGCUACGGAGAGAUUAAAAGGUCCAGUUACCCAGGCAGAACCAACCAAAGAUUUAUGUACGUUCCAAAAUUUGAGACAUAGUUCUCAACAAGUUGCAGAGCAGUUAUUGCCUGACUUCUACUGCGAACAUGUUACUUUAGCCAUGAACAGAGAACGAAGAAAGCAGUACGACGGGAGAUGGUUGGAAUGGGAAUCUGCAGUACUUCGAGGUGCCAGUACGUUUCAGGCAUUAGAAGAGGAACGUCUCAACAACCUCAAAUCUGUCCUUACAUCUUACCUCCAUCACAGUAACGAUCUUGGUCCGAGACUCAUUGAGGCUACCGAGAGAUUAAAAGGUCCAGUUACCCAGGCAGAACCAACCAAAGAUUUAUGUACGUUCCAGAAUUUGAGACAUAGUUCUCAACAAGUUGCUGAGCAAUUAUUGCCUGACUUCUACUGCGAACAUGUUACUUUAGCCAUGAACAGAGAACGAAGAAAGCAGGCUCUAGUGAAAUUAUUGCAUCUGAUAAGACAGGACAUAGAAAGGGAGAGAAAGUCGAAAAAUGGUCUGGAAGUCCUUUCCAAAGCCAUCAAGCAGACACCGAGUUUUGGAUCAGAAGACUCGCAGCAAAGCGUUAUCGAGAAACUUCAUGAUAUGAAAUCCAUGCUGAUCUAUUUGGAAGGAGCGAAAUAUAAAGUGCAGAGUACGUUGGCAGAACUUGAUAGCAGACCUAAGACUGGGCACCCGUUAGCACCACACAUAACCAUAACGCGUGACAAAUCAGGUCUUCAGCAGAGUGUUUUGAAAGUACCUCAGUGGUUAAGAGAUGAAUGGUGUGAUGGUGAUAAAAGCCCUGUGAGCGAAAAAUCAACAAAAUCUGAGAAAUCUGAUAAUUCUGAUCCACACAUAAAUGACGUAUAUGAUCAGGAUUGGUUGGAUAGAGGGGCGGCAGAUGGCAAUUCCAAUCAGCCUGAUUCUGAUUUUGACGAAUUUUCUUCACAAUGUAGCAGUUCAGGUGGCAACAUUUGUUCCACAGAAGAAAGCCCUGUUCAGCCUAUAGGAACUUGCAGAGCUAUAUAUCCCUAUACCCCUAAUAUGAAUGAUGAGUUGGCUUUGAAACCAGGAGACAUUCUUUCGGUAUAUCGGCAACAGGAUGACGGGUGGUGGUUGGGAGAAUGUAAUGGAAAUGUGGGUAUCUUUCCCGCCACCUAUGUUGAAGUAAUUAAAGACUGCUGAUUAUUUUUUAUGGAUAUAUAAUCGGGUAUAAGUAUAUGAUAUCCACUUCUGAUUUGACUGGAUCUGGUUCAAUCUGAUCUGCUCUAACUAUAUAUUUAAUCUAUAAAAAUGAAGAGGAUUCGCAUCUUGGAAGUGUUGUGGUGAAGAAGAAUCCAACAAUUGAUUUUUCCGAUGUAUCACGUUGAAUUCUCGAAUAAGCUGAAGGGAAAGAUAUCAAUGCUUCCAUGAGGACAUACAUUAUCUUCGAUUUCUCAUAAACGUACAAGAAGUGUUCAUACUUUUAGGUGGUGAAUCCAUAGUGCAAUUUCAAUCGUACGACACCAACUAAUUUCGAGAAAAAAAUUAUUUUGUACAAAAUGUUACAGUUAAUUAUAAGAAUUUAAUAUUUAUAAACUACUUGUUUCAGUCCCAUGAUAUUUUUGUAUCAAUAUAAUUACUAUUUGUACAUGAUAUACUCACAAAGUACUUUUGGAAUUUGAUUUGUUCUAUAAUAAAUAUUUUAUUAUCGAU